AUCGGAACGUCUCUUUUCAAGAUUGGUCUUGAUUUGUAUCUUCAUCAGACGACUGUUCAAGUAUACAUCAGAUUGGGAAAGCGACCGGGCGCAAACCGAAUCCGGCAGUAGUCCAUACUAAUCAUUGUAAUCAUCCUUGCUCAAUUGCUGCUGUUUUGUAAUCACGUAUUUCGCAUUUUGUCCAGCGAAGCCCAGCAUCUCCAUCUCCCACGCACAAUGUGCAGUGCUCUCACAUCCCGCAGGUGUAUGUUUUUAAACCUCGUGCUGCAGAGGUAUCUUAACUAGGUCUCGCACCGCCCAACAUGACCGCUUCUAAGUUUCAUUCCAGCCAACCUCUUCACUCGAAGAACCCUUGCGGUGGCAUGCCUUCAAAGUUCCGGAACACGAUACCAUCAGAACACUUCCCUGCGGAGAAAGAUCGAUAUGUGCUAUACGUCAACGCAGUCUGUCCGUGGGCUCAUCGCGCAGUGAUUGCCCUGGCCUUGAAAGGCUUGGGAGACGUCAUACAGGUCGUUGAGGUGGACGCCAGAGAUCCGAUACAUGGCUGGUAUUUCUCUGGGCAUCGCGGCCCAGAAUCCGACCCGAUCUACGGCGUCCGAUGGCUGAAGGAGCUAUACUUAAAAGCGAACCCGAGCUAUACAGGGAGAAUCACUAUUCCUGUGCUGUGGGAUAAGCAGCGAGGUACCAUCGUUAACAACGAGAGUGCAGAUAUCAUACGUAUAUUUAUCAGUGCCUUCGAUCAGCUACUGCCGCCUGAGAGACGCGAAGCCAACAAAGGACCAGCUGCUCUUAUCCCUGACCACCUGCAAAGCGAAAUCGACAAGCUCAAUUCCUGGGUCUAUGAUACUGUGAACAACGGAGUCUACAAGAUCGGCUUUGCCACGUCGCAGGCCGCAUAUGAUGAGCACAUCACCAGGCUCUUUCAUUCGCUGGACCGAUUGGAAAACCAUCUCUCAGAGCAAGGGCAACAUCCGUAUCUGUUCGGGCAGCACAUCACCGAAGCUGACAUCCGCCUUUACACCACACUCAUCCGUUUUGACGUCGCGUACUAUGCGCUCUUCAAAUGCAACAUCAAGAUGAUUCGAAUGGACUACCCCCGACUACAUGCAUGGCUGAGACGUCUGUACUGGGACGAGGGUCCAGAGACAGCUGGUGGAGCGUUCAAGAAGAGCACUCAAUUCGAAGUGAUCAAACGAGGUUAUGCAUCGGUGACGGUAGGCAACGGGGUUGUACCUGCUGGGCCAUUACCGCACAUCAUGCCUCUAUAGUUACGGAGUAGGUUGACGGGAAAAUAUCGUUUGGAACAGCAUAUACUAGUGGUAAUCUCGAUAUUGGGAUGGCUUUCUACUUUGGACGACUUACAUUCUGAG